GGGGAUUUGCGGAGCCCAGAGUGGCCUCAACCCACCGGACUCGGACCCCCAGGAGGGACCUGCGGCCUGGCCUGGGAUGGGCGCGGGGUGGGGGAGGCCGCAGAACUGCGCCGGAGUCAUACCCAAGGGACCAGACGGAGGCAAGGGGUCUGGAGGAGCGGCUGCGGCGCGCGCCUCAACGCUCCUCCGCCCCAACUCCGCGCCCAGUCCUCUCCGCUCCCCUGGCGCCGCCCGGGAGGACGCGUGCUGGCGGCCUGGCUCCCGAGCACAGCGGCCGCAGGGGCUGCGGAGCCGCGGUAUGGAGGAGCAGCUGCCGUGGGAGACCGACUGCCUGCUUCCUCUGGAGAGGCAGCUCCAUGAGGCCGCCCACCGGAACAACACCACGAGGAUGAAGGAGCUGAUUGAAAGGAGAGUCAACAUCAGAUCCAGAAACCACGUGGGCAGGGUGGCCCUGCACUGGGCUGCAGGUGCAGGGCACGAGCAGGCUGUGCGGCUGCUCCUGGAGCACGGGGCUGCUGUGGACGAUGAGGAUGUGUUUGGGAUGAACGCGCUGCUCCUGUCUGCCUGGUUCGGCCACUUACGGAUUCUUCAGAUUCUGGUUAACUCUGGAGCCAAGAUCCACUGUGAGAACAAGGAUGGCCUGACCUUACUGCACUGCGCAGCCCAGAAAGGCCACGUGCUGAUGCUGGCGUUCAUAAUGGAAGACCUGGAGGACGUGGCCCUGGAUCAUGCUGACAAGCUGGGAAGGACAGCAUUUCACCGGGCAGCUGAGCACGGGCAGCUGGAUGCUCUGGACUUCCUUGUGGGCUCUGGCUGCGACCACAGUGUCAAAGACAAGGAGGGGAACACAGCCCUCCAUCUGGCUGCUGGCCGGGGCCACCUGGCUGUGUUGCAACGACUCAUGGACAUCAGGCUGGACUUGGAGGAGCGGAAUGUGGAAGGUCUGACUGCCCUGCACGUGGCUGCUGAAGGGCUCCACCUCAACUGUGUGCAGCUCCUCCUGGGGGCUGGGAGCAACGUGAACGCCCUCACCCAGAAGGAGCAGAGCUGCCUCCACUAUGCAACCCUCAGUGGCUCUGAGGACAUGGCCCGGGCCCUCAUCCAUGCAGGAGGCUGCACCAACUUGGCCGAUCAUCAGGGCGCCUCUCCAAUUCACCUGGCUGUGAGACACAACUUCCCUGCCCUGGUCCAGCUCCUCAUCAAUGCCGGCAGUGACCUGGAUGCCACCGACAAUAGGCAGCAGACACCUCUCCACCUUGCCGCGGAGCACGCCUGGCAGGACAUAGCGGAGAUACUCCUGGUCGAGGGGGUUAACUUAAACCUGAGAGAUAAGCAAGGAAAAACGGCCCUGGCAGUAGCCGCCCGCAGCAACCAUGUCAGCCUGGUGGACAUGAUUAUAAAAGCUGAUCGUUUCUACAGAUGGGAGAAGGACCACCCCUCCUGCAGGGACCGCAGUGACCCCUCUGGGAAAAGCUUGACCUUUAAGCAGGACCAUCGGCAGGAAACACAGCAGCUCCGCUCUGUGCUGUGGCGGCUGGCCUCCAAAUACCUGCGACCCCACGAGUGGAAGAAGCUUGCGUAUUGCUGGGAGUUCACCGAGGCCCACAUCCAUGCCAUCGAGCAACAGUGGACAGGCACCAAGAGCUACCAGGAGCAUGGCCACCGGAUGCUGCUCAUCUGGCUGCAUGGUGUGGCCACGAAGGGUGAAAACCCCAGUAAAGCACUCUUCGAGGGCCUUGUGGCCAUCGGCAGAAAGGACCUAGCCGAAAGCAUCAGGAAGAAAGCAAAUGCUGACCUGAGUGCCCCCAGGAGGUGCACAGCCAUGUAACCGGAGGUGCUGGGCCUUCAGGACCGUGGGACCUCAGGAUGGGGGCACCACACAGAUAACCACCAUUAAGGGCUUUUAAAAAAAUCACUGUUAACAGACCUCCAGCUGCUUCUCCUGAAACACAUAGUCAUGCAGGCCUAGAAAGGCAAAUGCUUGUAACGUUUUUUUACAAGGAUUGGUCUAGGGGCCUGUCUCAGGUUUUAUAGGUAAUCCCUUCCCACAGGUAUGGUCCUUUGCAUCUCUCAGCUCACUUUCAUCACCAUCAUCUCAGAGCCUCACAACAGUUCCCUGAGGUGCAUGGGGCGUCUUUUCAGAGAGGACAUGGGCUCAGGGUGUAUAAGAAGCUAAUUAGGUGGUGAGAUCAGGUGCAAAACCCAGCAGUCCUGUCUUGCCUACCUGGUGAAGGGCUCCAUCCAUCACUUACAAAAUGGACCACCCUUAACUCAGCCACUGGCUUUUAGGAAUGCUGCCUUUACGUCACAGCUGUGUCUGUUCCCAAGUUUAUUUGUACACUUUAACAG